AUGGUAGGAACGCUGUCCGAGCUGAUGAACGACUGCGAUGGCGCCAUGUAUGCGUUUGAGCAGGCCAUUCGACACAACCAGUGGUCCAUCCCCGCCAUGAGCGCCAUCUCCUGCAUCCUGCGCAGCCGUGAACAGUUCCAGAAGGCCAUCGAGUACCUCCAGGCCAUCCUCAAGCUCGAUCCCCAGUCCGGCGAGUCCUGGGGCUCCCUCGGACACUGCUAUCUCAUGCUCGACAACCUGCAGGAAGCAUACACCGCCUACCAGCAGGCUCUCUACCACCUGCGUGACCCCAAAGAGCCAAAGCUGUGGUACGGCAUUGGUAUACUUUAUGAUCGGUAUGGAUCGCUUGAUCACGCCGAGGAAGCCUUCUCCCAGGUCAUGCGCAUGCAGCCAGACUUUGAAAAGGCCAACGAGAUCUACUUCCGGCUGGGUAUAAUAUACAAGCAGCAGCAGAAGUUUGGUCAGAGUUUGGAUUGCUUUAAAUAUAUUGUCAACGAUCCGCCACGGCCGCUGACGGAGGAAGACAUCUGGUUCCAGAUCGGCCACGUACACGAGCAGCAGAAAGAUUUCGAAGCAGCCAAGUCGGCGUAUAGACGGGUGCUGGAGCGCGAGCCAAACCACGCAAAGGUCCUGCAGCAGCUCGGCUGGCUGUACCAUCAGCAGAACAACAACUACAGCAGCCAGGAACAGGCUAUCGAGUACCUCGAAAAGUCUGUUUCCGCAGACAACAGUGAUGCGCAGAGCUGGUAUCUGCUGGGACGCUGCUAUAUGUCUCAGGCUAAAUACCCAAAGGCAUACGAAGCGUACCAGCAGGCGGUAUACAGAGACGGCCGCAACCCGACCUUCUGGUGCUCCAUUGGAGUGCUGUAUUACCAAAUUAACCAGUAUCGCGAUGCGUUGGAUGCGUAUUCGCGCGCCAUCCGUCUGAACCCGUACAUCUCAGAGGUGUGGUACGACUUGGGCACGUUGUACGAGUCAUGCAACAACCAAACGAGCGAUGCAUUAGAUGCGUACGGCCGUGCCGCCGACCUCGACCCAUCCAACACCCACAUCAAAGCGAGACUGCAGCUUCUCCAAAGCGGACAGGCUGGUGGCGCCAAUUCAGGCAACGCUCCCGCGCCGCAGGACGUGCAUCCGCAAGCAUAUCAGCAGGCUGGCGUUGGCGCUCCGCCAGGUCCUCAAUGGGGUGCUCCUGCUCCUGGACCCGGUGGGCUGCCGCCGCAAGCUCCCGCUCCGCCAGGCCGUAUCACAGACUGGGGCCGACCCAGCGGCGAGCCGCAGAAUGCUAAUGCUCAUGGACCCGGCAGCCAGUUUGAGCAACGAGAAAACGUAAGAGGGCCUCCUCCUCCAAUACCACCAUUAUCCCAGCUUCAGGUUCAGGUUCAGGCCAGUCCACGCCAGGAGCAGUUCCACGAACCGCAUUACCGUCCUCCCCCAUCCAUAUCCUCCCGCAAGGGUCCAUCCCCCUCUUCUCCCAAAUUCCCCUUGUCGAACACGCAUACUUAUACUGGAACCCAGAUUCUCCCACAGCUAGCUCCUCCACAGCACGAGGGACCCGGCGGCCCUCCAAACGGUCCCGGUCCAGUGCCUGGCCCUCCCUUCCCUCCCUCGCGACAAGGUCUAGGACCCGGCCCCGGUCCCGGCCCUAACCAAGGACCAAAUGGCGCGCCACCUUCACAGUACGGCCGACCGUUCACACCACCGACUGAAAUCCGCCCCAUCCGCGAAGAACGUCCCGCCUCAGCUAACGGUACCGCCGCUGGUAACGGUGCCGGUGCCAACGCCAACAACAGCGCAGGUGGCCCCGGCCCAUCCUUCCCACCACACCAACAAUACCAUCAUGGUCCUGGGCCCGGGCCUGGUCCCGGCCAAGGUCCCGGUCCAAGCGUGCAGCAACAGCAGAACGGCGGAAUUGCGUCCGGCGCUCCUCCACCUGCCGCAGCCAUCGCAGCGGCCGAAGCAGCUGCUCGCGAACGUGACGAGAGACCGGCAUCCAGCAUGAAGAGGGUGAGAGAAUGGGAGCCCGAGCCCGGCCCCGGUGCUGGCCCAGCCAAGAAGAUUGCCAAUGAAGAGUCACGCAGCCGUCUUGACGGUAGACAUGACGCAAGAAUGGAGGAUCAGCCCGGUCCUCCACUGCCACCGCCGCAGGGACCACCGCAGGGACCGUCCCGCCGUGCAUCCCCCGGACCAGGACCAGCUCAAGGUCCAGGUCCAGUACCAAGCAUGGGAGGCGUCAACGUCGCUCCAGGCCGCAUGUCUUCACCCCGCGAUCUACGAAGACGCAGUUCCUCUGAAGCCCGCCGUGAGGAGCGCGAUCACGCCAGACGUGGUCAUGAAUCAUACCAUCCAUCCGAGGCAGCGCACCACCCACCCACUCUCCCACCAAUACAGCACAUGGGCCCAAAGAGCGAGCCACAGACCCCCGGGCAAGCACCACCCGGUCAAUCCGGACAGCAAUCCCUUCCAUCCCUAUCUGCCGGACUCCCAAAAGACGAGCGCGAGAGAGACCGGGACCGAGACAGGGACCGGGAACGUGAGCGUGAGCGUGACAGGGAGCGCGAACGGGAUAGAGACCGAGAGCGUGAACGAGAGCGUGAACAACGGGAUCGUGACCGUGAGCGCGACCGAGACCGUGAUAGAGAGCGGGAGAGAGAGCGGGAACGUGAGCGUGAACGAGAGCGCGAGCGUGAACAGCGAGACCGCGAAAGAGACCGCAAGGACCACGCUGCUCUCCCACCCGUCUCUGUACCGGCCGUCCAGGCCCAGGGUCCCCUUGAGCCACCAGCCCGCAAAAUGGACGUGGACGAAGACUACGAUGACGAAGGCGAUGACGAGAAGAAGGCUUCUACGAUGGGUAAGGGCGGCAGCCCUGGAAGUGUUAAUGGUAGUAAUAGUGUAGCUGGACGCGAGAGAGAGCGAGACAGGGAGAGCCAGCGGGAGUCUCAGCGGGAUAGAGAGCGAGAGAGAGAGCGAGAGCGAGAAGCUGGACAGGCCAAGGGGGAGAGCUAG